AGGAGUUAGCCCCCUCAAAUAAAAUAUAUGGAUUUUUUUUAAAUGAAUUUCUUGGGGCUCGUACAGUGGUUCGUGGUGGCACAAUUAAAUCGUUCAGUGGUUAUGGUAGACUAUUUUUACAAAAAAAAUGUUCAAAAUUUAACCCGAGUUGUGUGUGGUGGUGGUAGUGAAUGUGUUGUAUCAGGUUUUUCAGGUUUUCGCCGUUCGAAUCUAAUGGAAGAUACGUGUCACGAAAUUUAGCGGUACUAUACUCCUGCGGUAACUUUUUACGAGCUCUGCAGCCUCUGCAGUAUCAUCAAGCACUACAGAAGACAACGGCGAAGUAUGUCAUCGACCGUCGCGACGGAAUCCAAAUCCAUUCUCCUAUAACUCAUCGCAAUAAGGGCUAAGUCCUAAGUUUUGAACACUAUUUUUUGGAAAAAUGAUUCACCAAUGCACGAUUUAAUUGCACCGCCACGAAUCACUGUACGACUCCCAAGAAAUUUAUUUUUUUUUAAAUCCAUAUAUUUGAUUCAUUGGGGUUAACCCAGGGAGCUCAGGAGAAGUCUCACGUCGUUGUCGCCAAUGUAAACAAGAUCGAGAUCUCUAUAGCCUCUAUAGCCGGCUCGAUUUCUUUUUUGGCAGUUAUGCGGCAACUGCGCUACCGCUAAGACAUUCCAGUAUAUUUUGGACCGCGCGCAUGUAUAAGUAUAUACGGCGAAGUAUUUUUAUAGCAUGACGACGAUUGAGAAAUAUUCCGAUGUGUGAUUCUUCGAUGAAUGUCAAUGAAGAAAUCUUGAGAAAGGGAGUGCAACAAUUAAAAGACUACUUUGCACUGGCUCACCGGAAGAAGAAACAUCGUUUUUAAUACGUACUAUUUGAUACCCAGUGAAUAUAUAAAAUGAUUUAUUCGAAUCGUCCAAGAACAGUUACAUUUUUAUAACUGCACAGAAUCGAAGUUUUCCUCACCAUUUUUUCAACAAGUGAAUUUUCGGAGUUUUUUCACAGUUCCAAAAAUCAUGGAUCUGCCUCGUACGCCAAUGGAUAAUUUAUUAAAUGUUUGGUCCAGCUUCAGCGCUGGACACGAAAAAGCAUUGAAACAAGGAAUUUACAAUGCUCUUGCUCUUUUUCUACUCUGUAUUAUUUGUACCGCCGGAUGGGGUUUAUAUAUUAUUUUAAAUCCAUUUGUAAAACCUCUCAUAUGGGCUUUGCUCUGUGGUUCUGCGCUCUUCCCAUUCAAGUUCUACCUUACAAAUGCUGUUCAAUCAUGGUUCGAUGCCAAUGAAAAUUCUCCUCAACCUCUCGUUAUCAAUCUUGUUAUGAUACCGGUAACAAUCGUUGAUCGUCUUUCCGAAAACAUUGGCAGUUUUCUACAAGAGAAUCUGAAAACUGUGGGAAUAUCACUUACCGCUUUGGGUGGAUCUUUCAUCAUUUAUAGUUAUACCCCAGGGUUCCUUCACUGUUUGAUGUGGAGAUUCUUCCAAUUGGUCACUACUUCCAUUGGGUUAUUUGUUGCAGCCUGCAACAUUUAUGUGCUGGUCCUAGCAGCGAUUGGAUACAUAUCAGUGCUUUAUAUCUACUGGACCCCAGAAAACUCAACAAAGUUCCGUUACUCUUCCUUCGGUGUUUGGCUACUGCUGAGCCUCUACUUGUCAAAUGUUUUUGGAGUAUAUCCAGUGCUGAUAUUUAGCAUUCUGCAAAUUUUAUUCCUUAUUGGAUUUAUUUAUGAAGUAAUAGUAAUAAUGGAAAGCGAAGAACUGCUUGGUAAUCAUGCAUCUUUUGGGGAUGCUGUGCAAAUAGCAUUGAUCAAUGCUAAUCCAAUGCCUGUAGUAUCCAUUGAUGAUUCGAACGCCGAUGAGAAAGAAGACAUGUUUCCGGAAGAACUGGAUUUGAAAAGAGACAACUCUCUCGAUAUAAAAAGUACAUCAAAAACAUCUGGAGAAAUCCCAGCGUUAAAAUUGGCUGGUAAAUCAAUGUCUUUGGACACGGCAUCAAGAAGGGCCAGAUUUGGAUCUAAACCGAGUAACGCUGGAACUCCUAACUCACGAGGAACUAUAAGCGAACGUUAUUUCUUACGGAAACUCAAAGCCGAGCUUAGAAUGUCCCUGGAUGUUCCAGCCGAUGAUACUGGUAAUUCUGACAAGUACAUGUACGGUGUAUUGUAUUGUUGCACUGGAAUGUUACUCUGGAAGCACAAAUGGAUAUUACAAAUCCUAACACUUCCAAUCGCUUAUUACGUGCUGAAGCAAAUCGGGAGAUAUUUCGGUUUCUGGGCUACCAUCAUUGGCAAAUUCGAAGCAAUUCGUGAGAUUUUGAAAAAUUGGUGCAACGAAAGACAUCAAGCUCUGGUCCCUGCAGCCGCACGUGGUCUCUAUAAAGUUUAUCUAAUUGUCGAUCGAAAAUUGACCGAAGCUCUUCGAGGAUCGGUCGAUGCCGUCGCCACGAUUGCUGUUAUUUUUGGGCUUCUCAUAUUCACUUUUUGCUCAUCAGUAUUUAUAACGAUUCAGAUUUAUGCAGAGGGGAUGCAUCUCGUCCAAUUAACCGGUGGAAUCCUCAACUCCACGCUCGUUAAUAAUCCGGAUAUUGAUUGGCUUCCAGAACAAUGGGAAGAGUCUGUUAACAGCGUGCUCGACAACGCUUACACGUAUGGCCGAACGGCAAUCGCUGAUGGAGUAAAAAGUCUUGUGAAAGAUUUCGAACCGUCGAAAGCUGAAAUGCUGGAAAAAAAAGUGCUCGAACUUUGGGACAGACUGUAUCAAGCCUGGAUGAUGUCAGACGCCGAUCCUGACAUGAUUGGACCAACAGUAGACGUUGCAGCCGCAAUGUCCGUGUGGGAAAGUUUUCGUGAAAGUUUUGCCAAAAUGCCUACGCAAUGGUUCAACUUCACUGCUAUACAGAAUUUUGCUAAAGAGAAUGUUGGCAUUUUGCUGUCUGUUCUGGAUUCCAUCUGGAACAUCGUUAAGGGAAACAUGUCCGUUAUUCUCAGCAUUAUAACGGAAUUACUUUACGUUGUUCUCAUGAGCGGAUCUGCGGUACUCAACUUCGCUUUGAGCACGGUAGUCUUCUUUACGACGUUGUUCUACCUUCUGAAUUCCAGUGGAAAAACUUAUAAACCGAUUGAAAUACUGACGGCAUUUAGUCCAAUCGGUAGCUACAACUCGAAUGAUGUCGGAGGAUUUGCAGUUGCGCUUCAAGAAGCCAUUAUUGGCGUUUUCACUGCAACUUUCAAGCUCGCCUCCUUCUUUGGAAUGUGGACAUGGUUCAUACACAACCUUUUUCAAGUGAAGAUCGUUUAUCUACCAGCGGCAUUUGCCUCUGUCCUCGGUGCCGUGCCCUUCCUCGAUGCCUAUUUUGCUUGCAUACCGGCAACUCUCGAACUCUGGUUCACUCGAGGACCAAUGAUCGCCGUACUCUUCCUACUCUUUCACUUCAUUCCAUACAACAUUGUCGUUACCGAUUUCUACGCGGAAAUAAAGGGUGGGGGACAUCCUUAUCUAACAGGUUUAUCGAUAGCAGGUGGAAUUUUGUGCCUUGGUGUAGAGGGUGCAAUAUUUGGUCCAUUAUUGCUCUGUUGCAUAAUGGUGGCGAUAAAUUUAAGUCGACGAUAUCUCCACUCGCCAUCAGCAGAGACUCUGAAUUCGCUCAAAUCCCAAAUCACCAAAUACGAAACAGCUGAUAAAGUUUUCACAUCUACUUAAUAUUACGGAGCAUCGAAACGCUGCGCGUCCAUUUUACUGUGAAAAAUUCAAAACGUGGCUGACCGUCCGAAAUGAUAUAUUUAUGUGCCUCUAUAUACAUUCGCAACGAAUGCUGAUUAUUUUAGCUUUCAAAAAGUUUGCAAUUGAUCGAGGCAAAACAAAAAAAUACGCUUAUUAGAAUAAUCGUCGAAGCUGGGCUUUGUCGCAUUCUUUUAAAAAUUCAUCAACGAAUCGAUAUCAACUGUAAUACAUCGAAACGCAAUGAUACUCCGCUGCUUUUGCGUGCAAGUUGGCAACGUUGUUUGUCUUGAUUAUUCGUAAUUCAAAAAUACUUCCACUUUCAGUGAAUAAUUGUGUUUCCUGCAACAACCAAGAUAAUUUCUUAUGUUCGUUCUACUUUCUUACUCCAUCGAGAAUUUCCUUUGUUAACUUUCAAUAGUUCUCUGAUCCCUUCCACUUUGUUCAUUUGCUAAAAUAUUAUUUUUUUUUUACAUAUUUUCGAAACAAAAUUUAAGGGUUCUUAGUAUGAUCUUUUUCAGAUGAGAUUCGGGCAGUUUUAAAGUAGAACGAUGUUGCUAACUUUGAUGCCAAAAUUGUUAUUGUAAUAAAUGUUAUGCUUCGUAAUCAAUUGAAAUGAAGAUGCCAACGCGAAUCGUCGAGUCCCCUGGGACUAAUUUUUUUAUUACAAAAACAAAGAGCAUGGCAGGAUUGGAAUGAAGAUCGACAUUUGUCAAAUUCUUAAAGAACAGCGAUCUUCAGUGUCAACUGUCAAAUAUGUCGAUUAAAUCGGUAAUAUUUAUUUCACUUUGAAAUGCAUUCUUCAGAGAGGAAAAUUGUUGUUAUGACUGAAGUCACUAAUUUACGAAUCAUGUAAUUAUACCGCACAGGCUUUUACAAAUUUUAAUAAAAGUCGCACUGCGCCGAUGUUUUUGCUUAAAA